AUGACCACUUACGAUCACUCAAAAGUCGCCCAGUUUAUCGGCGGUAACACCCUCGACAAGGCCCCGACGGGCCCGGUCAGCGACUUCGUGAAGCAAAAUGGGGGGCACACGGUUAUCACGAAGGUCCUGAUCGCGAACAACGGUAUCGCUGCUGUUAAGGAAAUCCGUUCCAUUCGGCAAUGGAGCUACGAGACGUUCGGCACGGAGCGUGCCAUCGAGUUCACUGUCAUGGCCACGCCAGAAGACAUGAAGGUCAACGCGGAGUACAUUCGGAUGGCCGACCGGUAUGUCGAGGUCCCCGGAGGCUCUAACAACAACAACUACGCCAACGUCGACCUCAUCGUCGAUGUCGCGGAACGCGCUGGUGUGCACGCGGUCUGGGCUGGUUGGGGUCACGCUUCGGAGAACCCUCGACUCCCUGAAACGCUCGCACAGAACAAGAUCGUCUUCAUUGGCCCUCCCGGGAGCGCCAUGCGCAGUCUCGGCGACAAGAUCUCGAGUACGAUCGUUGCGCAGAGCGCGGACGUCCCCACCAUGCCUUGGUCAGGCACUGGUAUUACGAAGACGGAGCUAUCUCCUGCGGGCUUCGUCACGGUCCCCGACGACGUGUACCAGGCGGCUUGCGUGACCACCGUAGAGGAGGGUCUGAGGAGGACGGCAGAGAUUGGCUUCCCUGUCAUGAUCAAGGCUUCUGAGGGAGGCGGAGGCAAGGGUAUCCGAAAGGUUGAGGCUCCAGAUCAAUUCAAGAACGCGUUCCACGCAGUCGCUGGAGAAAUCCCUGGUUCCCCCAUCUUCAUUAUGAAGCUUGCUGGUCAGGCGCGUCAUUUGGAGGUCCAGCUCCUCGCCGACCAGUACGGCAAUGCUAUCUCCCUCUUCGGUCGUGACUGUUCCGUACAGCGGCGUCACCAGAAGAUCAUCGAGGAGGCGCCUGUGACGAUCGCGAAGCAAGAGACGUUCGAGAAGAUGGAACGUGCCGCAGUGCGGUUAGCCAAGCUUGUCGGAUACGUGAGCGCAGGAACGGUGGAAUACCUCUACAGCCACGCGGAGGAUGUCUUCCACUUCCUAGAGCUGAACCCUCGUCUGCAGGUCGAGCAUCCAACGACCGAGAUGGUGUCCGGUGUCAACCUGCCUGCUGCCCAGCUUCAGGUUGCGAUGGGCAUUCCCCUCCACCGCAUUCGUCAUAUCCGCCAGCUCUACGGCGUCGCUCCCAACGGCUCGUCCGAGAUCGACUUUGAUAUGGUCAACCCCGACGUGAGCAAGCUGCAGCGCAAGCCCCGUCCCAAGGGGCACGUUGUUGCUGUCCGUAUCACAGCGGAGAACCCGGAUGCCGGCUUUAAGCCAUCUUCUGGAUCGCUGCAGGAGCUCAACUUCCGGUCUAGCACCAACGUCUGGGGCUACUUCUCAGUCGGCACUGCUGGUGGUCUCCACGAGUUCGCGGACUCGCAGUUCGGUCACAUUUUCGCGUACGGCGAGGAUCGUGGCGAGUCCAGGAAGAACAUGGUUGUAGCGUUGAAGGAGCUGAGCAUUCGUGGUGACUUCCGCACCACCGUCGAGUACUUGAUCAAGCUCUUGGAGUUGCAGGCGUUCGAGGAGAACACCAUCACUACCGGCUGGCUUGACUCACUCAUCAGCGACAAGCUCACCGCCGAGCGCCCUGAGCAGAGUCUCGCGGUGAUCUGUGGUGCCGUCACGAAGGCGUACCUCGCGUCGGAGGCAUGCUGGACCGAGUACAAGCGUAUCCUCGACAAGGGUCAGGUGCCCUCCCGCGAUGUGCUCAAGACCGUCUUCGGGAUCGACUUCAUCUACGACAACGUCCGGUACUCCUUCACUGCCACGCGUUCCUCCCCGAUGCUCUGGACGCUGUAUCUCAACGGCGGCCGGACGAUGGUGGGCGCGCGAGGCUUGGCUGAUGGCGGCCUGUUGGUUCUGCUCGACGGCAAGAGCCAUUCUGUCUACUGGAGAGAGGAAGUCGGCGCGUUACGUGUGUUAGUCGAUUCGAAGACGUGCUUGAUCGAGCAGGAGAACGACCCCACGCAGCUUAGGAGCCCUAGUCCUGGCAAGCUCGUUCGCUUCCUGGUCGAGAGCGGCGAUCACAUCAACGCCGGGGAGCAGUACGCCGAGAUCGAGGUCAUGAAGAUGUACAUGCCCCUGGUUGCCUCCGAGGACGGCAUCGUGCAGUUCGUCAAGCAGCCCGGCGUCAGCCUUGAGCCCGGAGACAUUCUGGGUAUCCUUACUCUCGAUGACCCCGCUCGCGUCAAGCACGCGAAGCCUUUCGAGGGUCUCCUUCCCCCGAUGGGUACCCCCGCUGUGGUCGGCAACAAGUCCCACCAGCGCAUGCACUUCUACCUUGACGUUCUCAACAACAUCCUCGAUGGCUACGACAACCAGGCCGUCAUGGCUUCUACCCUCAAGGACCUCCUCGACGUCCUCCAGAACCCGGAGCUCCCCUUCUCUGAAGCCACUGCCAUUCUCUCUACGCUUUCUGGUCGCCUGCCGGCGAAGCUCGAGGAGAGCAUCCGCUCAGCCAUCGAUAUGGCGAAGAGCAAGGGCGAGGGCGCCGAGUUCCCCGCCGUCCGCAUCCGGAAGCUCAUCGACCACUUCAUGGAGGACAACAUCCGCGCACAGGACCGCACCAUGUUCCGUACUCAGCUCGGGCCGCUUCUGGACGCCGUCGAGCGUUACCAGGGUGGUCUGAAGGCGCACGAGACCAACGUCAUCGCCGGUCUGCUCGCGCGUUACGAGGAGACCGAGAUGCUGUUCGGUGGAAGCAUGGAGGCGCGCGUGUUGACUCUUCGUGAGCAGCACAAGGACGACCUGGACAAGGUCGUCUCGCUCGUGCUCAGCCACGUCAUGGCCCAGCGCAAGGGACGUCUUGUGAUGGCGAUCCUGGAGCACGUCAAGAACAGCGGUCUCACGGUCACCGAUCCCAACUCGCGCCUGUACCAAGUGCUGCAGGGGCUCGCUGCUCUCGAGGCUAGGUCAUCCACUCAAGUCGCUUUAAAGGCCCGUGAAGUCCUCAUCGCGUGCCAGAUGCCCUCGUACGAGGAGCGUCGCGCGCAGAUGGAGGGUAUCCUCAAGGCUUCCGUGACCAACAGCUACUACGGCGAGCCCGGCUCCCUUGCUCGCACUCCGUCGAUCGACGUCCUGAGGGAGCUGAUCGACUCGAGGUACACCGUCUACGACGUGCUUCCUACGUUCUGGAACUACGCCGACCAGGAGAUCACGCACGCUGCUCUCGACGUCUAUGUGAGGCGCGCAUACAAGGCGUACACACUGCUGUCUGUCGAUUACGAAGAAGGUGACGGCAUGGAUGAUGGUGAAGCGCCGAACGUCCUCCUUUGGCGAUUCAACCUUGGCCAAUCGCACUCUCCCCCGUCUACGCCUCGUAUUUCGCAGGGGGAGACUCCUCGCAGACAAGCCUCCGUGAGCGACUUGACCUACAUGAUCAACACGCACCACAAGCAGCCUCUGCGUACUGGUGCCAUCGCGUCGUUCCCCACCCUCGGGGCCCUGGAGCGCGGCUUCGACAAGGUUGCGUCCUCGCUCCCCGUCUUCGAGCCUCUGGAAUACCAGCAGCGUUACGGCGCCAACAACGAGCCGCCAAACGUUCUCAACAUGGCCCUUCGUAUCUUCAACGAAGCUGACGACAUGUCUGAGGAUGCCUGGUACGAGAAGAUCGAGGAGCUUGUCAACGCUCACCGCGAUGUCGUGACGCGUCGUGGCGUCCGCCGUAUCUCGGUCCUCAUCUGCCGUCCUGGCCAGUACCCGAUCUACUACACUCUUCGCGAGAUGAACGGCUCGUGGAAAGAGGAGCAGUCUAUUCGUCACAUCGAGCCCGCCCUGGCCUUCCAGCUCGAGCUGAGCCGUCUCUCGAGCUACAACCUGACGCCCUGCUUCACGGAGAGCAAGCAGCUUCACAUCUACCACGCGGUCGCGCGGGAGAACCAGCUCGACAACCGUUUCUUCAUUCGCGCCCUUGUUCGUCCUGGCCGUCUGCGCGGCACUAUGGACAUGGCGAACUACCUCAUCUCGGAGACCGACCGACUCGUUACCACGAUCCUGGACGCUCUCGAGGUCGUUUCUGCUCAACACCGGAACGCGGACUGCAACCACAUCUUCAUGAACUUCAUCUACAACCUUCCCGUCACCUACGACGACGUCCUCGCUGCUAUCUCAGGCUUCAUUGAGCGUCACGGCAAGCGUCUCUGGCGUCUCCACGUCACUGGUUCUGAGAUUCGCAUGGUGCUCGAGGAUAAGGACGGCAACGUCACUCCCAUUCGUUGCAUCAUCGAGAACGUCUCCGGCUUCAUCGUCAAUUACCACGGCUACCAGGAGAUCACGACCGACAAGGGGACGACCAUCCUGAAGUCGAUCGGCGAGAAGGGACCCCUCCACCUGCUGCCCGUUCACCAGCCGUACCCUACUAAGGAGUCCCUGCAGCCGAAGCGGUACCAGGCGCACCUGAUUGGUACCACCUACGCCUACGACUUCCCGGACCUGUUCUCGAAGGCCCUCAGCAACGUCUGGUUGAAGGCCCGGACGAUCAACUCCAGCUUGACCGUCCCGAAGAAGGUCUUCGAGUCCCGCGAGCUCGUUCUCGACGAGCACGACCAGCUCCAGGAGGUGGACCGCGCUCAGGGCAACAACACUGUCGGCAUGAUCGGCUGGGUCUUCACCAUGAGGACCCCCGAGUACCCUGAAGGCCGUCGCGCUGUGGUCAUCGCCAACGACAUCACGUACAAGAUUGGGUCUUUCGGCCCCGCCGAGGACCAGUUCUUCUUCCUCGCCUCUCAGUACGCCCGCCAGCAAGGUCUCCCUCGCAUCUACCUGUCUGCCAACUCUGGCGCCCGCAUCGGUGUCGCCGAGGAGGCCAUGAACCUGUUCUCUGUCGCGUGGAACGAUGCCGCGCACCCCGAGAAGGGCAUUGAGUACCUCUACCUCACGCACGAGAACUACCUCAAGCUCCAGGAGAAGGCCGCCGCCGCCGUCCACACCGUAGAGAUCGAGGACAACGGCGAAGUUCGUCACAAGAUCACCGACAUCAUCGGUCUGCAGGACGGUAUUGGCGUGGAGUGCUUGAAGGGAUCUGGUCUCAUCGCUGGCGAGACGUCUCGCGCCUACGACGACAUCUUCACGAUCACUCUCGUCACCGCUCGUUCCGUUGGUAUCGGCGCGUACCUCGUGCGCCUCGGCGAACGGGCCGUCCAGGUCGAGGGCCAGCCCAUCAUCCUCACUGGCGCGGGUGCUCUCAACAAGGUGCUUGGCCGUGAGGUCUACACCUCCAACCUGCAGCUCGGUGGCACCCAAAUCAUGCACAAGAACGGCGUUUCGCAUCUUACCGCCAGCAGUGAUCUCGAGGGCGCCACGCACAUCCUCGACUGGCUUGCCUAUGUUCCCGAGCACAAGGGUGCUCCCCUCCCGGUCCUUGACCUCGCCGACCCUUGGGACCGCGACAUUAGCUAUGUGCCGCCGAAGGGCCCUUACGACCCGCGUUGGUUCAUCGAGGGCAAGCAGGAUGAGGCCACGCACGACUGGCUUUCCGGCUUCUUCGACCGUGGUUCAUUCCAGGAGACGUUGAGUGGCUGGGCUCAGACGGUCGUCGUUGGGCGCGCUCGUCUCGGCGGUAUCCCCAUGGGUGUUAUCGCUGUCGAGACGCGCACUAUCGAGCGCGUGGUACCUGCCGAUCCUGCCAACCCGACGUCGUUCGAGCAGCGCAUCAUGGAAGCUGGCCAGGUCUGGUACCCCAACUCCGCGUACAAGACCGCGCAGGCGAUCUUCGACUUCAACCGGGAGGGUCUGCCCUUGAUCAUCUUCGCCAACUGGCGUGGUUUCUCGGGCGGACAGCAAGACAUGUACGACGAGAUCCUCAAGCAGGGCUCCAAGAUCGUCGACGGCUUGUCAACGUACAAGCAGCCCGUCUUCGUCUACAUCGUCCCUCACGGCGAGCUCCGCGGUGGCGCGUGGGUCGUCCUCGACCCGUCCAUCAACUCAGCGCAGAUGGAGAUGUACGCCGACGUGGAGGCCCGCGCCGGUGUCCUCGAGCCUGAGGGUAUCGUCGAGAUCAAGAUGCGCCGGGACAAGAUCCUCAAGCUGAUGGAGCGCCUCGACGCCCCCUACGCGGCCCUCAAGAAGGACAGCACGGAUGAGUCCAAGACUGCUGAGGAGCGCGCCGCUGCCACGGAGGCCCUGACCCAGAGGGAGACCCUCUUGCAACCGACGUACAAGCAGAUCGCCUUGCUGUACGCGGAUCUUCACGACCGUACCGGUCGCAUGGAGGCGAAGGGAUGCGCGAAGUCGAUGGUCUGGAAAGAUGCGCGCAGGCGCUUCUACUGGGCUGUCCGCGCGAAGGUGGCUCGCUCUUCCGCCAUGGCCCAACUCGCCGAAGCCAGCCCUGAUUCGAGCUUCGAGUACCGCACGCGCCUCCUCGAAGACCUCGCGGAGAUCGAGUCCACGAGCGAACCCCGCGAAACUGCACAAGCGCUCGAGGACCUCGACCUUACCAAUACGCUGGCGCAGCUCAAGGCGGACCACUUGACCCACCAGAUGCUUGCGCUCGCGCAAGAGGACAGGAAGGCCACCGUCGACGGUCUUGUCCGGCUCAUCGACCACCUCGCCGACGACGAGAAGCUCGCACUGAUCAGCGCUCUCCAGAACUCUACUCGCUCUUCCGGUGAGUCUCAUGUUUCCUCCGUGCUACAAAUUCGCUGA